GUGUGAGGGUGAGGGAGAGGGGGAGAGUGUGUGUGAGUGUGAGGGAGAGGGCAGGGACAGGCAAGGAGAUGAUGAAGCCACGGCUCCUGUUUGCCGUCCAGCAUCUACUGUUGCUGCUGCUGCUGGGCGCAGCGGAGCGAUUGCCGCGGCUGAAGAUCACGCCGACAGACGAGCCGCGGGUGCAGUUCGCAGCUCCGGCCGCGGCCUGGGUCGGACAUCACGACCCCAGCUCAGACUCGCUCUAUGUGGGAGCCACGGGCGGAGUGUGGCUGCUGCGCUUCAGCGGCCACAACGUGUCCAGCACACAGGGUACGGGGGGGAUCCCACUGCCCCUGGAGGAGAGUGUCAAACAGAGGUGCCAGAGUGAGGGGACAGGAAAUCAGGAACUCUGCAAGAACGUGGUGACAGUGAUUGAGAGAUUCAACAGGAGCACCAUCAUGGUGUGUGGCACCCACGCUGGAUCGCCCAAGUGCUGGUUUUUGGCUGUCAAUGGAACGCAGCUGGCACGGGACCAUGAGGGGCGCGAGCUGGUAAAGGAUGGCAGGGAAAUCUCACCUUCAACUCCAAUCCAACGGCCCGUCACCAUCACUGUCGAUGAAGCUGUGUACUCUGCCAUUCCCAGCAGCAGCCAGAGCAGCGGUUCCAUUGAGCUGAGCUACGGGAGGCCAAAGCGCCUGAAGACCGGGGACAGGUGGAUGCAGAGCCCGACCUUCGUGGGAGCUGCUUGGAUGCAGAUGAAGGACAGCAGCAAAGAUGAAGUUUACUUCUUCUUCAGGGAGAGCAACGAGAGCAGUGCGUUAGAUGGAGAACCCUACCGGGCCUACAUCGGACGUGUGUGUAAGGUCGACGAGGGAGUGCUGAAGGCUGCCACUCAGGAGCCAUUCUCAACCUUCCUGAAGGCACGAAUGAUCUGUGGUUUCCCAGCUGAAUCGCGGCUCUUCAAUAAGAUCGAGGAUGCAUUCCUGCUCUCCGUGGAGGAUGAUCCCAGGAGCAGCGUGGUGUACGGAAUCUUCUCCAGCUUGUGGAAUUCCACCGCUGUCUGUGCCUAUUCCCAAGCCGACAUAGAACGGGCGUUCCGGAACUCCAGGCUGAAGGGUUUAACUGCCAACGUGAUCGGGAGCCAUCGGCCAGGAAUGUGUGUCAAAGGAAACGUGCCCAGAAACGUUCUGACAAAUAUCAGGAACUUCCCAGAGAUCGAGGACCCGAUCUAUCCCAUCAAAAGGCACCCCCUCUACGUGAUGAAGCAUAACAACUAUACCAGGGUGACGGCUGACAGAGUGAGGGGGGCCAACCAGCAACUCUACCACGUCCUGUUCCUUGGCACAGGAAACGGGAAGAUCCACAAGGUUCUUCACUACAACGGGAAGUCCUUCAUCAUUUCCGAGCUCAGCCCCUUUAAAUCCCAAGCUCCCGUUUCCACCAUCAUGCUGGAUUCCAGCACGGGCCACCUGUUUGUGGCAACGCCGAUGGAGGCCGCCCGCCUAUCACUGGCCGGCUGUGCUGAGUAUGGCCACACCUGCCCGCAGUGUGUGGCUGCCCGAGACCCCUACUGUGGCUGGGACAGAGCUACACACAAGUGUGUGGCCCUCCCCCAGACCCUCAACACUACCGACAGUGACAUCCUGCAGAAUGUUGAGCAGUUCAACGUCUCCAUUUGUGACUCAGAUGACGUGCUGAGUGGUGAGGAGGUGACGGAGCUGAUGGUGAGUGCCGGGGCCUACCUGUACCUGCCCUGCCCGGUCACAUCCUACCAUGCUGUCUACAGCUGGAAGCAUGAGGAGAGGGAUGGGAUAGCCUGCACCGUCAAGGAUGGCUCGUGCCCGCUGAUGUUUGAUGGGCACAUGCCCGUGAGCGAUGGCUACUUCACCUGCUUCGCCACGGAGGAUGGGCUGGAGGAGCGAGUGGCAACAUACUUUGUGCGGCUGAACUCUGGCAGCAGGCCAGGACAGGGUGGCACCACACUGGCACUGGCACUGGGCAUGGCUGCUCUCUGCUCCAUGCUGUAGGCCAUGCCCACGGUGGAACCACCUUACACUGGAUCUACACGCUCAAACAUGGACACGCUGAGCCGGCGUCCCGUCCAACACGCUAAGCAGUUUGAAUGUAUCAUCUGCAGUGUCUGCAUCACCUGGUCAAUAAUCAUCAUGUUCCCCCCUCUCCCCUGCAUGGACUCCGACAGCACUGUCCCAGCCACAGCCCACUGCUCCACACCC